UCUUGCUACUCGCAUUUUUUCCAGCUCUCUUCUCUGAAGGUAAACGAAUCAAUGAAUGAAUUCUCCCCAUUUUCUCUUCCAUUUAUUUUCUUCAUCAAUUUUCUCAAACAUUUUCCUUUCUAUCAAUGCCACUCCAUUUUCUUCAAUCCAAGUAUUCAAAAGCCUGUUCGUCUUCUAUUCAAAAUCCACGUUUUCUUCAGUUUCCAUUUUCGUGUUCUGUGUAAAUGUAUAGAUUUCAGUAACAGAUCUCUCGUCUUCGUGUUGUUGAGUUGACGAAGCAAUUAGGAUUUAGGAAAUGGAGAUAAGUUAGGCUUCUUAUGGAUGGAUGGUGAUGGCGGUGCUAUCCUUCUGCCAAACCUCACAGCAUUUGUUUUCCUCCAAAAACUUCGGAUUUUUUUAAAUGUCUUUUUAUUUUAUUUUAGUAAUUUGUUUAUUAGUUAGAGAAUCUGGGAGAAGAAUAGCCGUUGAUGUUUGUCUCUCCUUUCCGCUUCAUACUUUGCAUGUGGUUAACCACUUGUCCUGCUUUUAAUGAUGCAUUCUCUGUAUAUUUGUCUGUUUCUUUUUUGGAUUCGCAUUAUUUCGCUUUUCUCCUUUUGAAUGUUAAUAAUUGCUGGCAGGGAGGAUCCAUCCAAUUCUGCUGGGGUGGUGGAAGAAUGGGUUCAUUGGGAGUGAGUGAUGAAUACGAUUUGAAGGGAGCUUUUCCAGAGGAGGAGAAGAAGGUGAAGGGGGUGGAAAUGGAAUUUGAUCCAAGUUCUGCUCCACCGUUUAGAAUUGCAGAGAUUAGGGCAGCCAUUCCUCCGCAUUGCUGGGUGAAGAAUCCAUGGAGAUCGUUGAGUUAUGUGUUGAGGGACUUUCUGGUAGUGGCUUCCUUGAUGGCAUUGGUGCUUUACCUUGACUCUUGGGUCGCUUGGCCUCUCUAUUGGGCUGCACAGGGCACUAUGUUUUGGGCCAUCUUUGUCCUUGGCCAUGAUUGUGGACAUGGCAGUUUUUCUGAUAGUGCUCUGCUAAACAGCGUGGUUGGACACAUCCUGCACUCCUUCAUCCUUGUACCUUAUCAUGGAUGGAGGAUUAGCCACAGAACUCAUCACCAGAAUCAUGGAAAUGUUGAACGUGAUGAAUCUUGGGUUCCGUUAACGGAGAGUAUGUACAAGAAGCUGGAUGAUUCUACCAAGUUUUUUAGAUUCAAGAUCCCCUUUCCAUUGCUUGCCUAUCCCAUAUACUUGAUAUGGAGAUCUCCUGGGAAAAAGGGUUCCCAUUUCAGCCCUUACAGUGACUUGUUUCAGCCGGAGGAGAGAAUGUCCAUUACCAUUUCAACUCUUUGCUGGUCAUUGAUGGCUUCUUUUCUUCUUUACAUCUCAACAGUGGUUGGUCCACUUCCAGUGUUCAAGCUCUAUGGCAUCCCCCUAUUGAUAUUUGUGAUGUGGCUAGAUCUAGUCACCUACUUGCAUCAUCAUGGCUAUGACAAAAGGCUACCUUGGUAUCGUGGCAAGGAAUGGAGUUACUUGAGGGGAGGGUUGACCACCAUUGACCGAGAUUAUGGAAUCUUUAACAACAUCCAUCAUGACAUUGGCACUCAUGUCAUCCACCAUCUAUUCCCCCAGAUUCCACACUAUCACUUGAUUGAAGCUACCAAAGCGGCCAGUCCAGUACUAGGGAAGUACUAUAGAGAGCCCAAGAAAUCUGGGCCUAUACCGUUCCAUCUCGUCCCCAUUUUGGUGAAGAGCAUGAGUGAAGAUCACUAUGUUAGUGAUGAAGGUGAAAUUGUUUUCUAUCAGACUGAUCCUCAGCUAAGUUCCAAAAAGAAGCAACAGAAGGCAGCUUGAUAAAGAUUAUAUUUAAAAUUAGCUAUUUAUGUGUUGUAUUAGUGUUAAACUUAUUCCAUGGAUUACUACUACUAAUACUCUAGUGGAAUGAAAAAAGGUCUACACAAAUGGGCUAUUUUGUUAGUUCUAUUUAUGCCCAUUGUAAUGAAAUAUUAUUAUUGUUACUAAUGGGAAAUGAAUAAGGAGGGUUUGUGGA